GGAGGAUUCGAAAAGCGUCGAGCGGGACUGAGAUAAGACCAGGCACCAUCUUAACACUCAGCCCUUCAGGAGACCGAGAAGCCGGCCGGGCGCCAUGUUCGUUACGGGCAGCGCGCUGCCAUUUUCUCGCCUCUCCUCCUCCUGGUGCCGAUGCUCGGGUCACCCGGCUGGGUGCUUUGUGAGGAAAAAAAAAAAGAAAAAUAAUAAAAACAUGUGUACGUGCUCGGCGAUGUGGUGGGGGGCCGUUCCCCGGCGGGGGCGUCCGGGGCAGCAGGUGCACAGGCUCGCUCCGCGCGCGGCCCUGCCGGUCCUUAGGACCCAGCGAGGCCCCUUUGUUCCCCGCAGGCGCGCGACCCGCGUGGGGGGAGCGGAGGCCCCGCGUGCCCGCCCCUGCCCACGCGCCGGCCCGUGGCCCCCCGCGCGUUCACGGGCGAGCCAGGCGACAUGCAAAUGAGCCAGCUCCAGUGUGUAGACCCAAGCCCCCCACUGCUCCAUGGACACCCCCAGCCCAGACCCGUUGCCUUCGCCUUUGCUUGGAGAGGAAGAGCGAGCUCUGGCCUUGCCGCCUGCAGCUCCCGGAGGCCCAGCUCCCGCGGGGGGCACCUCCUCCCGCCGGGCGCUCAAGGCCUCUGGUCCACGCAGGCGGGGUCGCCGCUGCAAGGCAGGGCCGGAGCCGGCGGGGCCGGGGGCCACAGCAGGGGACCUGCUGCUGAUCGAUGAUCAGGGCGUGCCCUACACGGUCUCCGAAGGGUCGGCGUCGGGCGGGCCCGAGGGCUCAGGCCCCAAGAAGGCGCCGCACCUGUGCGUCGUGUGCCUGCGCGCCUUCCCCUACCUCUCCGACCUGGAGCGUCACAGCAUUUCGCACUCGGAGCUGAAGCCGCACGAGUGCAAGGCCUGCGGCAAGACCUUCAAGCGCUCCAGCCACCUGCGGCGCCACUGCAACAUCCACGCCGGCCUGCGGCCCUUCCGCUGCCCGCUCUGCCCGCGUCGCUUCCGCGAGGCGGGCGAGCUGGCGCACCACCACCGCGUGCACUCCGGGGAGCGCCCCUACCAGUGCCCCGUCUGCCGACUGCGCUUCACCGAGGCCAACACGCUGAGGCGCCAUGCCAAACGCAAGCACCCCGAGGGCCUGGGCGCGCCCCUCGGGCCCCCGGACCCAGGGUCCGAGCCGCCGUGGGACGACGAGGGCAUCCCGGCCACCGCGGGGGCCGAAGAGCAGGGGGAGGAGGAGGAGGCGGGAGGGCAGGAGCCGGCCUGACCCACAUCCCCGGCCCCCGCGCCCCAGGCCAGACUUAGAGCUGGCUCUGCAGCAGGUGCUGGGCCUGGGCAAGGAGGCCGGGCACCCUUCCGGGAGGGCGCGGAGGGUGGACACCGAAGCUUCUGGAUCCUGCUGCCGUCUGCCGCGGUCCCCAGGACUAGGAGGCGCUCAGAGGCCAGGAUGGAGACACCCUGCCUCCAGGCUUCCUGUGCUGCGCACUCGCGCGCGCACGUGGGUUCCGUGGCGACACUGCCCUGCCGGAGUGCCUGGGGUGGGAGAGGACCCCCACCCACGCGCAUCACGCGCGCCGUUAGGUGCCAAUCACCAAAGAAGUAGCGCCGACGAGGCCUUCACUCGUCCGCCGCCGUUCCCGGGAGUCCCUAGGGUACCCCCCAAAUAAAUAUGCAAUCGAAGUCAAACCUUGGAGACCCUUCCAUGCAAACGUAUAGCAAGCCCAUUCCCUACGCCGUCCACACUCCCAGAAGCACGGGCGCGGGGGGACUAAAGCCGGCUGACCUGCGC